CUCUUCCGUCUUCCUGCCUCCCUCCCCGCCUUCGCCUCCACUGCGUAACAUCGGGCCGUUUUCAGACCGUCACCCCGCUUCACCUUCACCUUCGCCCGCCAGCCAGCGCACAGCCACCCGGCCGGGGCCACCAUGGACAACAGCGGCAAAGAGAAGGAGGCCAUGCAGCUCAUGGCCGAAGCCGACAAGAAGGUCAAAGCGUCUGGCUCGUUUCUCGGCGGAAUGUUCGGUGGAAACCACAAGGUGGAGGACGCCUGCGAGAUGUACGCCCGAGCAGCCAACAUGUUCAAGAUGGCAAAGAACUGGAGCGCUGCCGGCAACGCGUUCUGCCAGGCGGCCCGGCUCCACAUGCAGCUUCAAAACAAACUGGACUCGGCCACCGGCUUCGUGGAUGCGGGCAACGCUUACAAGAAGGCCGACCCGCAGGAGGCCAUCAACUGUCUCAAUCAAGCCAUCGACAUCUACACCGACAUGGGUCGCUUCACCAUCGCCGCCAAACAUCACAUCACCAUCGCAGAGAUCUACGAGUCGGAGCUGGUCGACAUUGAGAAGGCCAUCGCCCACUACGAGCAGGCGGCAGACUAUUACAAAGGAGAAGAGUCGAACAGCUCGGCCAACAAGUGUCUGCUGAAGGUGGGGCACUACAGCGCCCAGCUGGAGCAGUACCAGAAAGCCAUCGAGAUCUACGAACAGGUGGCCAUGAGCACAAUGGACAAUCCGCUGUUGAAGUACAACGCAAAAGAGUAUUUCUUCAAGGCUUCACUGUGUCACUUCAUCGUGGACGAGCUCAACGCCAAGUUGGCCAUCGAGAAGUAUGAGGAGAUGUUUCCCGCUUUCUCAGAUUCAAGAGAGCUGAAACUGUUAAAGAAACUUCUGGAGGCCCACGAGGAGCAGAACAGCGAGGCGUUCACCGAGGCCGUCAAGGAGUUUGACUCGGUGUCCCGCCUGGACCAGUGGCUCACCACCAUGCUGCUGCGCAUCAAGAAGACCAUCCAGGGGGACGCCGGAGACCUGAAAUAGAGCGCGGGAAGUGGGCGGGGCAAGGACGGAGGAGGACGACUUUUAACGGCCACAAGCUGAACUUGUACAUAUCAGUCUGCAUGUGAUCCCCCAACAAGCUAAGCAUCACCUGUAGACCACCCUUGUGUGUCCCUGCUCACACACACACACACACACACACACACACGGUAUUGUAACGCUGAGAAAGUAUGAAUGAACGUGUACGCUGCUUAUUUGUUGGGGAAAGUGAGCAGAUUAUAAGGAAUAUACAUAAGUUUAUGAUAACGUUUAUUGUCCAAAUGGAAACUAUUUAUUGUUUAUUAUGGUGCUCAGUGUUAAUAUUUUAGCAAUUAGUCCCCCUCCACGUCCCCCCUUUUUGGGUUGCGUCCACUGUGUGACAUCAUCACUCACUGCCCGUCUCCCGUAGCAACCAUUGCGGGGCCUCGUUUGUGCAUGUGGAUGUCGACGUGUUCUCCGUGCUGUGCCGACGUGUGGGAAAAAGCACACGUGCCUGUUGUCUCAUUUGUUCGUGUGCAACGGGUGAAAAUGUAUCUUGAAAUAAAUACAUUAUCAUGCCA